UUCCGUCCUUGACUCCGAUCCCGACUCCGACUCCGACUCCGACCUUUACUGUGGCCAUCCUGUUUUUCGAAUGGUUGACGAAGCCCAGCGCUCUUUCGAAGCGGUGAAAUCACGCCAGUCCCGGUCGUUGCCGGAAGCAGUGGCCGAAUAUAAAAGAAGAUAUGGGUUGCCGCCGCCGCCGCACUUUGACAAAUGGUACGAAUUUGCUGUCGCACGAGGGACAGUCUUGGUAGAUGAAUUUGAUACAAUUUAUCACAAUCUGCUUCCCUUUUGGGCCCUCGAGCCGAAAACUAUUCGAUCUCGCACGAGAGAGGACCUGGGGUACGAUAACCGACUGGUGGGCAUAUCAAUACGCCAGGGCAAGUCGGACAACCGCGGUGAAGGACAGGGAAAUUUUCAAUCUACAGCAAUUCAGGCCAUGGUUUCUUCUUUUGCUCACUUGCUGCCGGAUAUGGAUCUCGCUUUUAAUAUCCAUGAUGAGCCUCGCGUGGUAGUCCCGCACGAUAGUCUGGACAAGAUGGUCACCCUAGGCCGAGAAGUGCAGUCACGUCUGCUCCUCAAUGAGCAGGACUUGAAGAAUCAGUUUUCAAAGACGCCAGGCCAGCUUGAUGAAGACAUUGCUAACAAUCCGCGGACCCGAUUUCACGACAUUGGGAUGCAGGAGACAUGGCUUUUUAGUCGAUUAUCUUGUCCACUUGAUUCGCCUGCAAGACAACUCAAUGGAGGCGCACCAGACAACCCAGAUAUCCUUGGUGAUGCCUCACUAGGUCUCAUUUCUAACCAUACAGCUUUCAGCGACAUCUGUCAAACCCCAUCACUCCAAUACCGCCUGGGCUUCUUUGACAAGCCCAACGCCUGCAAGCUGUCACCAGAAUUGACACCAGUAUUUUCAAUGUCAAAACUGUCUUCUUUCCAGGAUAUCCUCUACCCAUCUCCGUGGUAUUAUACUGACCAAAUCUAUUUUGACAAAGAUAAAGCUGUUGAUUGGGACCAACACAUUACCCAGUUGUAUUGGAGGGGAGCGACAUCAGGUGGAUUCAGUGAUAAAGGGACAUGGCGCCAGCAGCUGCGGCAGUAUUUGGUGGAUGAGCUCACUCAUUCUCAUUCUAAUACAACAGAAUUGAUACUUUCGCAGAAGCGCCCAGGCCCAGAGGAGUGCAAUAUAUGGGAGGAAAGUUGGGAUCUCAAAGAAGCUCAUGUCAAGUCCAAUGAGCUUUUCAAUAUCAAAUUUACCGAGGUAAAGCAAUGCAGCACAACUGAUUGCGACGAGGAGGAUGCGUACUUUGACACAGCACGACGAGAGAAGCAGUCAGAGGCAUGGAAGUACCGUUACCUCCUGGAUAUGGACGGCAACGCCUACAGUGGACGAUUUUAUGCUUUCCUGCAAAGCUACGCCGUAAUUAUGAAGUUAUCAUUCUUCAGAGAAUGGCACGAAAAUAUCCUCUUUCCCUGGGUACAUUAUGUACCCCUAAGCCUUAAGACGAUCGGCUACGCCGAGAUUCUCCGAUUUUUCGAGCAAGAUACAAAAGGGCAGACAGCGGCCAAGCGUAUUGCGGAUUCUGGGCGCAAUUGGGCUCACACGACAUUGAGGCAUGAAGAUAUGGAGGUGUAUAUGUUCCGAUUAUUGCUGGAGUAUGGGCGUUUGGUCGACGACAAUCGUGAAUCACUUGGAUACCAUAAAUGACCAUAUCAUUCUUUAGUACAUAGCAUUUUCUUAUAUAAUAACUGCUUUAGACUUGUAAAUGGACAUUUCACCCUAUAUACAGGUUAGGUUCUCAAGUGAAAAGCGAGCGUGUGGUG